AUGGAUUUAAUCUUUAGUUGUCCCCCUGCAGGUGCUGCGUACACCCCAGGCCUAGGGCCCCCCCACGCAGCAGCAGCAGCAGCAGCAGCAGCAGCAAACUGCCACUCGCGGCAGCCGCCCCUCCCACACCCCCUCCAGCAGCAGCAGCAGCAGCAGCAGCAGCAGCAGCUGGAGCAGCAGCAGCAGCAGUACCUCGGGGGCCCCGCGUUGGUGGGGCCUCCGGUCUCCGUGGAGACGGAGACGGCAGCAGCAGCGGCGGCCUCUGCUGCUGCUGCUUCUGCUGCUGCUUCUGCUGCUGCUUCUGCUGCUGCUGCUGCUUCCCUCUCCCUCUCAGCAACGGUAUAUUCUUCUCCCCCUUCUUUCUAUUUAAACCACUCCGAAGGCGAGGGCCCCUUUAUGGGUUCUUAUGCUGCUGCUGGGUUUGCUGCUGCAGCAGCAGAUGCAGCAGCAGCAGAAGCAGCAGCAAAUGCAGCAACAACAGCAGCAGACACGGCCGUGGGGAUGGGCAGCCACGCGGCGGCGUUCCAGCCAGACCCUGCUGCUGCUGCUGCUGCAGCAGCAGAAGCAGCAGCAGGGCCCCACUAUCAGCCUCUGGUGUAUUUGUCAGCAUGCAAUGAGCAGCAGCAGCAGCAGCAGCAGCAACUUGCUGCGCAGUAUUCAAAGGCCUAUAAUAUAUGCAUGCAGCAGCAGUGCCCCCCGCUGCAGCAGCAGCAGCAGCAGCAGCUGCUGCAGCAGUCGCUGCAGCAGCAGCAGCAGCAAAAGCACCCCAAUGUAGCCGUUCACAGUGGCACCCUCAGCUGCUGCAGCAACAGCAGCCUGCCGGCCCACGAAGAGCCUUGUGCUGCUGCUGCUGCUGUUUUCUGUGGGAGCCCUUUGCUGCAGCAGCAGCAGCAGCAGCAGCAAUAUGUUCAGGGGGGGGUUUGCUGCAGCAGCGGGACCGCGGAGCCGUUCUCCCCUGCUGCUGAUGGCUGCUGCUGCUACUCCAAUGUGCAGCAGCAGCAGCCGCAGGUGCUGAUGCAGCAACAGCAGCAGGUGAUGCAGCAGCAGCAGCAGAUUAUCAGUCCUUAUCUGCUAGAGGAUCCCCAGCUGCUGCCUGCGGGUAGCUGCAUGCCCGUAGAAUGCAUGCAGCAGCAGCAGCAGCAGCAGCAGCAGCAGGAGCAGCAGCAAGUGCUGCAGCAGCCUACCGUGAGCGAGGCUUACUGCGGCUCUUACUUGGAAGCCCUCGGGCAGCCGUUUGAAUGCAUGCAGCAGCAGCAGCAGCAGCAGCAGCUCGUACAGCUGCAGCACUGCAACGGCUUGCUGCUGCUGCAGCAGGAGCAGCAGCAGCAGCAGCUGCAGCGCAGCAUGUCCGAUGGCUCAACAGUCUCUUCUUUGUGUAUCCGCGGCGCCUCUGAGGAGAGCGGCAUCAGCAGCGUCAGCAGCAUCAGCAUCAGCAGCAGCAGCAGCAGCAGCAGCAGCAGCAGCAGCGAGGAGAUGCACCGCUUCUCUCACGGGCGAACAGCUCAUCAGGUAGACGACGCGCUGCUGCAGCUGCAGCAGCAGCAGCAGCAGCAAGAGCAGCAGCAGCAGCUGCUGCUGCACGAGCAGCCGCUGUGCCUGUCGGUAGUAAAUAUGUCGCUGGACGAGUGCCUGCAGCCGCACUCCGCAGCAGCAGCAGCAGCAGCAGCAGCAGCAGCAGCAGCAGCAGCAGCAGCAGAGAAGUCCGAGCGGCUGCCUCUGCUGCCUCCGCACAGCCCGAGCGGCCCGAGCCCGAACUUGGCGUCCCCGCCCCCCGCUGCUGCGGCGAGCAGCAGCAGCAGCAGCAGCAGCAGCAGCAAGAGCAGCAGCAGCAGCAGCAGCAGCAGCAGCAGCCCACUUUCGCAUGCAACAGUUGAAGAGUUGUGGCAGUUGGCUUAUCAGUGGGGUUUGUUUUCAUUUGGACUUCGAGUUUCGAGAAAAAGUGCCACUUGGGCGGGCUCCCAGCAGCAGCAGCAGCAGCAGCAGCAGCAGCAGCAGCAGCAGCAGCAGCAGGGGGGCGGCAGCGCGGCCGGCGCCAGAGCGCAACUCGUCGAGAACCAGCAGGACGCGGGACUGCAGCAGCAGCAGGAACAGCAGCAGCAGCAACUGCAGCAGCAGGAACAGCAGCAGCAGCAGCAGCUCGUGAGGGACGAACCCACUGCGGAGACGUUGCAGGAAGAUGCAAACCCAGGCGCUGCUGCUGCAGCUGCAGCAGCAGCAGCAACAGCUGAUGCUGUGCAGGCCGAACAAGCAGCAGCAGCAGCUGCUGCUGCUGCUGCUGCUGCUGCAGCAGCUGCAACAGUGAAGCCAGAAACACCGGCGGAAAGGCAUUUUAAUUUAGUCAAAGAUGCCAUCGCGUGA